AGAAGGGUGAGUAUAAGGGGAAUAGAAGGUUAGCAAAGUCAGUGGCAGACAAAAGCUGAGAUUACCUGCUGGAAAUAGGGGUGCUGGGGAUUUGUACAACAUUAACAUCUGGUGGGUCCCUCAAAUGUGGCAUGGCAAGUCACUUGAUUACAUGUACGUUUAUUUAGUUAAAUUUGUGAAAAUUAUGAGAUGCUUACCAACCCAGUGAUAAACUCCCUCCCUCCCCAUUGGUUGGCCUGGUCACAUGGCUGCCCAACUUUAUUCAGUUGACAGCAAGUAGGAGGGCCCUAUGGAAGGAGAAAAAAAGACAACACGAGAAAAAUUAGUAUUUUCUACCUUCUGAAAUUAAUGGCCAUGAGUUCGUAGGUGAACUCUAAGUAUGUGGACCCCAAGUUUCCUCCGUGCGAGGAGUAUUUGCAGAGCGGCUACCUAGGCGAGCAGGGCGCCGACUACUACAGCGGCGCACAGGGCGCCGAGUUCCAGCCCCCGGGGCUCUACCCGCGUCCCGACUUCGGUGAGCAGCCCUUCGGAGGAGGCGGCCCGGGUCCCGGCUCAGCGCUGCCUGCGCGGGGUCACGGGCAAGAGCCCAGUGGCCCUGGUGGUCACUACGGCGCCCCGGGAGAGCCAUGCCCGGCACCCCCACCGGCACCCCUGCCUGGUGCCCGGGCCUGUAGCCAGCCCGGCGGCCCCAAGCAGCCGCCUCCCGGGACAGCACGAAACAGCCCUGCUGUGGUCUACCCCUGGAUGAAGAAGGUGCACGUGAAUUCCGUGAACCCCAACUACACCGGCGGGGAGCCCAAGCGUUCCCGGACGGCCUACACCCGGCAGCAAGUCCUAGAACUGGAAAAGGAAUUUCAUUUUAACAGGUAUCUGACGAGGCGCCGUCGGAUUGAAAUCGCUCACACCCUGUGUCUGUCGGAGCGCCAGAUCAAGAUCUGGUUCCAGAACCGGAGGAUGAAGUGGAAAAAAGACCACAAGCUACCCAACACCAAAGGCAGGUCAUCAUCAUCAUCUUCCUCCUCCUCCUGCUCCUCCUCAGCUGCCCCAGGCCAGCAUUUGCAGCCCAUGGCCAAGGACCACCACACGGACCUGACAACCUUAUAGAAGUGGGGACUCUGGGCCCAUCCCUCCCUGCGCUCCAGGCUGAGCCGAAGCUGCGGGGGCAGGCCGGGCCUGCUGUCACCUCACUGGGCUCUAAGGUACUGUGGGGUGGACCUGGGACUUACAGGCCUCCCUCGGACUAGGUUAGCAUCCCGCCUGAGGGCAGCCCCCUCCCUAGAGUGGGGAAGGGGGUGGGAAGGGUGGGCGGGAUUCUCUCUACGUAUAUUAUAUGGCAGGAGCUACUGAGAACAUAAAACCUUGGCGAGUCAUUAAACUCAUGAAAAUCUCAGCUGUUGGAUUUUGACUUUGCAAUGAGGUUGGAUGCUUUAUCCAGUAGGAAUUUGGACAUUCUCCCCCACUCCACCCCUCCAGGGAGCUUUGUGGUUUAGUAAUGUGGGGGAGUUGAGGCAGAAGGUUGGCCACUCUGUGCUAGGUGCUUUCAGUGGGAGCAGGAAAGCUGGGCCAGGAUUUCUGAACUUUCUAGGUUGUCAUAUUUCAAGUGUGAUAAAAAGAAAACAUUUUGCUCCCAGUGGUCCCAUGCCCAAAAGAAAUAAGUCUAAGAAGGAAAUGGAAACGGGUUAUUUUAUGUUUAGAUUAUAUUUGCUUAAAUAUUUAUUUGUUGGAAAAUGGGGUACAGAAAUAACUGACACUAUCAUGCCAAAAAUCUUUAGAUGGUGAAAGGAACUGAGCUUCAGGGAGCUGGAUCAGUUAUGUGUGGACUCACUCCUGGAAGUUACCUACAUUCUGAACUCCACUCCCUCCCCAUCCCUGGAAAGAAAUAAAGGGGACCUUAACCCUUCUAGGGAAAGCAAAGGAUCCAUUUCAACCUUGAGUUCUUUAAAAAUAUAUUUUCACAUGUGCUUGUUUUCCAGCACAGUGCUUAUAUACAGUUCUGGGUGAUUAAAGGAAAGGGGAAAAAGAAAACAAAUGGUUCAACAUUUUCCUUCUGGGGAAAGAAAACAAAACCUCUGUGCUCUGGGCCAUCAGAUAAUGACUCAGAUACUGAAUUUUCUGUUCCAACUGGAUUCCAAAUAGCUCCCAAUCUACAUAGCAGGAUUUCAUAGGAAUUGGUGUUCUGGCCUAUAUGGGGGAGGGUUUGUGCACUUGGCAACAGUGGGUAGGAAGUAUUGCUUUAAAAAAGAAACUAAUUGAAUCUAGAAGUGUACAAAAGUUGGUCUUAGGGAGUUUUCCCCCUGAAAUUUUGAUUUAAGAAAAAAAAAAAACCCUAAGGAAGUUUUUCUCAAUCCACUAAUUAGA